AUGCAGGCUUGUGUCAAUACACAGUGUGAUGUUGACUCAAGUGAAUCACCCUUUGCCUUCAUCAACUCUUGCCCUAAUCAGGAACCCAGUCUUGUAGAAAUUUGCCUGAUGCAUCCUCUCGAUGUGGUGAAAACCAGGUUCCAGGUGCAGAGAAGUCUAACAGACCCUCAAAGUUACAGAAGCGUAAGAGACAGCUUUCGGACGAUCUUCCGAACAGAGGGGUUGUUUGGCUUUUACAAGGGAAUUAUUCCACCCAUUUUAGCUGAAACACCAAAAAGAGCAGUCAAGUUUUCUACCUUUGAGCUAUACAAGAAAUUUCUGGGAUAUAUGUCACUAUCACCAUGGCUGACAUUUCCCAUUGCUGGAUUAGGAUCUGGACUAACAGAAGCCGUCGUGGUUAACCCUUUCGAGGUGGUAAAAGUUGGUUUGCAGGUCAAUAGGAACAUGUUUACAGAGCAACCAUCUACUUUUGCUUAUGCAAGACAAAUCAUUAAGAAGGAAGGCUUGGGGUUCCAGGGCCUCAACAAAGGAUUUACAGCAACUCUGGGACGCCAUGGAAUUUUCAACAUGGUUUAUUUUGGCUUCUACCACAACGUCAAAAAUACUAUUCCAUCCAGUAAGGAUCCAACCUUGGAGUUUUUGAGAAAAUUUGGGAUUGGUUUCGUCUCGGGGACAAUGGGCUCCGUCUUUAACAUCCCCUUUGAUGUUGCGAAAAGUAGGAUCCAAGGGCCUCAGCCAGUUCCUGGAGAGAUCAAGUACCGAAGCUGCUUCAAAACAAUGGAGAUGGUCUACCGGGAAGAAGGGAUUUUAGCCUUAUACAAAGGCCUGCUUCCCAAGGUGAUGAGACUUGGACCAGGCGGUGCGGUGAUGUUGCUGGUGUAUGAACAUACCUAUGCAUGGCUGCAGGAGAACUGGUGA